UGCAGCAACGUCAAACCAAGCGUUGACACUAGCUGUGUGUGCGUGCGUGUGUAUGCGCGUGUGAAGAAACGGUUCGAUGAAAAUUAUCAAGAGAGGAAAAAAUACUAAUCACGCACGUCAGGCAAUCCGGAAAAGCGAAUUGUACAAUUUGGUUAAAGAAAGCUGAAGCAGUGCGACGGGAAAAUAAAAGUGUUUGCUUUGCGCUAUCAUUAAUAUCCUUCCACCGGAUAGUAACGUGCGACACGCAUUCGUCGCCACGCGGUAGAUAGAAAGGCGUAAAAAACGGUGUUUGUUAACCGAGAGGGGAAGUGGCGUACGCAAACGAAGAAGAGAAAAAAACACACACAGAAGGGUGACCACACGGAAAAGGAGGCUGUAUGACCUGCGAGAAACGGCGGCGUAAAAGCAGAAUUGAAACAUUGUGAAGAAGAGUAUCGCAACGCGGCGCAUCAGUGCUAGAAGGUGAAAAAGGUGACUGAAAAGUGACGGGAAAAAAACGAGUGUGGCCUAAUAAAAGUUCCAUACACACACGCGCAGACAAACACACAGAACAAGCCGCAGCACAAUCAUCCCGUGAAGAAACGCUGACUGGAAAAUCGCUCGCGGGAACGGUGCUUAAUUCUCUUCAUUGAAAGCUGUAGAUUAAUCUUCAACCUACCGAUAUUCCCCGAUGGCUCAACAGGAAAAUUACCCCGAUCUGCGUGCCCCAAAAAUAAACAGUUUACCAAGCACGCCCCAGUCCAGUCUGUCUGCGAAUGCGCCCGUGUUCGUACCGAAGUGGCAAUGUGUUGUCCCACAGGAUGAAGAAGGCUUUCAGUCCCAGCUGACCAUGCCCCAAUCGUCGCAAGUGCAUCAAAGAUUUGCGAUGGCGCAGGGCGGCGGUGAUGGAAGUGGGGGAGGUGGUGGUGGAUAUGACUAUACACAGAUGCCGCACCAUUUAGCUGCAACCAACAAUGGGCCGAUGAUGGCCAAUGGGUCCGAUCCGGGCAAGCUGUCAGCAUUGCAAAACCGGUUAAGCAAUAUGCAGAUUUUGGACAGCGGUGAUAAUGGGAAGGAGUUCAAUCAUCAUCACCAGCAGCAGCCGCAGCAGCAGCAGCAUCAUCACCAUCAUCACCACCACAACCAGCAGUCCAUGCAUCAUCAGCACCAUCAGCAGCACCGUGGCCAACAGCACCCGGGAGGUCACCAUGGUUAUUACCAUCAUCAGCAGCAGCAGCAGCAACAUCAGUACGUGCAUGAGGUCAAUUUCCCGAACAACCAUCACGUACAGCAGGGUGGUGGUGGUGCCGGGAUGGGUGGCGAUCACCGGAAGUACAACAAUGGUGGCCAGCAGCAUCAGCAGCAGUACCAGCAUCAUCGCUCCCGGCAGCAGCACCAUCAUCAUCACCAGCAGCAGCAUCAGCAGCCGCACCAGCAACGUCAGCAACAUCAGCAGCAGCAGCAACAGUAUGGUGGAAACCAUCAUCACGAUUAUAUGGACGGUGGCGGAGGACCUGCCGGUUACAACAAUAUGGUGGCUCCCAACUGGGAAUCCAACUUUCAGGAAGAUCACGAUCAGCCAACGCAUCGACAAAUGGAAGUAAUGGACUAUCUGACGGAGGUGAUUGCCGAACUGUUAGACAAUCCGGGCAUGUUCGACAGUGUCCAGAAGCAGCUGCCGAUUAAGUUGAGAGAUCUGCGCCAAGAUCAUUAUGUGCUGAGCAGCACGAUCGAGAUGAUUUUUGAGCAAUCAAUCAGGGAAUCAAACUUCCGCUACAUGGGUGCACGUUUGUGCCAACUGCUGGACAGCUUGGCCGGUGGUGAAACUAAUUCAGUGCUCCGUGAACUGUUGCGGCUCAAGAUGGAGGACCAGAAUCUUGAGCUGCCCCGGUUUAUGACGCAGGAGCAGGUGAAGGUACGCGGUGCUACUCUCUUCCUAGCCGAACUGUACAUGCAGCUGAGAAAUCCGCAGCAAACAUUCGGUAAGACUAUUUCGGAGUACAUCAUAAACGCGAUCACGAUUCUGCUAAUGAAGGAAGGACCGGAAAACAUUAAAUGUGUCUGUCAAUGUUUGAAGCUCUGUGGGUAUGAACUGGAACAAGAUCGUCCUGACAAGGUGGAAACGAUCCUGAAGAAUCUGCAGACACCGAAAGCCGUACAGUCGUCGACGGAAGCGAUGAUACGAUCGGUGCUCGAACUGCGAAAGAAUUCUUGGGGCCGUAGCGAGGAGAUCGCUACCGCAUCCCCAAGCCCCGGUCCCGAGUAUAAACACCAUCCCGUCUUUUACGGUCCCGAUGGUAAAAUGUUGACGGAGGAGGAAAGCUCCUUCCUGGCGACUAACAUUGAAUCUGCCGGAGAGCAGAACGCGUACGGCAAUUACGACGAUGAGGAUGAGUUCGGUAUGGUCGAUCCGGAUGAUGAUCCGGAGGUGCAGGAAGCCUAUGAGGCGUUCUUACAGAGCAAUGCCCAAACCCGACUGCAGCAACCGGCAGUACGAUACCGGCCGGACGCGUAAGCACGGACAAACACAAACGCUCCAUCAUCGGGCACAGGUUUGUCUCGUCUCGAUGCUUUUCUUCCCUUCUUAAUGGUUCUUCUUCGGUUCAUUUGAUCAUGUGAUGUGGGCGACGUUCCCUCAUCAACCCACACCAGUGCUGCGGGACAAGAAAGGCAGGCAUGCAAAUACCGAAGUAAGGUAAGGUUUAUCCAGCUACAACCUCUACACUUAUACAUUCAAAUUGUCGAUAGAAUAGAAUGAGAUACUUCAAACAAAAACAAAAAAAACACGAUAAAACCACAUUAGUAAACAAUGAGAAGAAUGGUAAACAAUGAAACAAACAAAAAAAAGCUCCAGAGAACAUUAGCAAUAGAGUAAAACUAGCUUACAGAGAUGAAGAAAAACACAAAAACCCCGUGGAGAGAUACAGUUAAGGCAAACAAAGCAAAAACAAAACAUAAUUAGUCAAAUAGAGAGAAUGAAUAGAUGAAAACACUUAACAGCGCUGAUUGUGGUGAGUGCAUUUUAAACUGUUUCCAAAUGAAAAUGGUAUUUUAACGUAUUUUUUUUUUCGUGCUUGUAUUAGUUUUGUUAAAAAUUUGAAAAGUGUUCAGCAAUGUGGAUCAUAGCAUUGAUCAGUGGCAAUAGCCAAGAAAUGGACGAAUAAUACGCAAAAUUAGGAACAGAACAAGAGAAAAGAAAGAGAGAGAGAGAGGGAAGAAAAAACAAUCCUACAGCAUGUGCUAGUAAUAACUAAGGCAGAAUUUUGAAGAGUAAUUGUAAAUGAUCAAACCUCCCAGUGCGGUUCCCAAUUAUAGCGGCAAUUUGGACAAAAAUUCAUAACGUGUGUCGCACGGCUUUUUCUCGUACGCUCGCGUAUGUGGGAGUACGGCUUCCGCAAUACUCAGGAAAUAUUACACAGGAUGGUUUCUAUACCACACACACACAAGCAAACACACUCUCGAAAACUCCGUCUCAUGAUCUCAGCAAAGAAGCAGUAAAGAAAUCCAUUUAAAUUACUACUUGUGUAAACAUCGUAUACAAAAAUCGUUUGCUACCAGUUCUGUCGCUAAUACUUGUUCGCCGGGCUUGUUUCAAAUGUUCAAUUAUUGUAAAAUUUGUAAGCGUUAAACUGUACUGUUCCGGUAAUCUUUACAUGAUUAUGCAAUAUAUAAUUUCACACGUUUGCGCGCAUGUUGUCCUUCAUCUGCUAAACAAACUUUUUACAUGAAUUCGCUUUUUGUUUAGGAAUGCACAAAGUGUUCUCUGGAAUAUAAAACGAUGAAAAAAAACUAAUAAAUGAAACGAAAAUGAUGCAA